UCAAUGAUACAGGAAGCAAAAUUUUCAUUUAAUAUCUCAAACAACAGAGCAGCAGUCACAACAUGCGUUCAGACGCACCACAAACAUCAGGAGCUCACUUUUAAAACACUCCAACUGGUAGUAAUUCAGGAGUUCUUUGACUGUGCAGCGUACCGGUAUAGAUUUGGGAUUGUGAAGCUGUUGCUAACACCACCGGGAACCAAGAAAGAUGCUUCCAUCUAUGGCGGUUGUGCUUACGCUCGUCUCUCUGACCUGUGGAGAAAAUCCUGCAAUACAAGUCAUUCUGAAGAACAAAGGACUUCAAUACGGGAAAGAAGUAGGUGCAGGAUGGAUUCAGGAGAAGUUGGAGCUCAUCACUCUCCCUGACAUCAGUGGUGCAAUAAAACUCGGCUUCCUUGGCAAAGUUUACUACACACUAACUGGCAUCACCAUAACAAAGUGCGACUUUCCUGAGCCCACUGUUGAGUUCUAUCAAGACGCCACAGGAUUCAAGACCUCCUCCUUGGGCCUCAGUGUUGCAAUGACAGGAGGGUGGAGGACACGCUUUGGCAUAAUACGUGAUCAUGGAUCAUUCAACAUGGCUAUAUUUAGCAUGGAUGUGACCUCUAUUGUGAACCUGGGGAAAGAUCCUGAUGGGCGUCUGUCAGUCACCAGUGUCAGCUGUGAUGCUCGAGUUGGGGAAGUGGACAUUCGAUUUCAUGGUGGAGCAAGCUGGAUCAUCCAGCCAUUUGUGGACCAUUUCAAGGGGCGUAUCAAAAGUGACAUAGAGGGAAAAAUCUGCCCUACUGUUGAGGAAUCCAUUCUUAACGUGGAGUCCCAUCUACAGGCCAUGAACGUUUCCUUUGAUGUGAAUCAAGACCUUACUAUUGACCUGCCUCUCACUGGCUUGCCUGUCAUUGAUGCUUCAAGCCUGAAUCUGGGUCUUAAGGGAGAGUUUUACAGUAUCAAGAGUCCUGCAGAGCCUCCCUUUGAGGCCCAGGCGUUCACCAUCCCCGAGCAGCAGGGCUACAUGUUGUCAAUGGGCCUGUCUGAAUUCACUCUGAACUCGGCCUCAUACGGAUACUUCUCAGCUGGACUGCUCGAAGCCCUCAUCAAUGAUAGUAUGAUACCCCCAAGCUCUCCUGUACACCUGAAUACCAGCUCUUUUGGACAAUUUAUUCCUCAGCUUCCAAAGAUGUUUCCAGACCUGCUGAUGAGCCUGCAGGUUUAUGCCAGAGAGAUUCCACUGUUCUCCUUCCUGCCUGGUGCUGUUAAACUGGGCUUCCAGGGCGCCGUGAAGGCCUUUGCCAUCCAGGCAAAUAAAACUCAGACCCCACUGUUCAAGCUCAAUGUUGACACUCAACUCAGUGGAAAAGUGUGGAUUGCAAGUGGGAAACUGAAGGGUUCCCUGAAGAUGGAUAAUUUUACACUGACACUGGCUGCAAGUGAAGUGGGACCAUUUAAGACUGAUGCUUUGGAAAAGUACGGGAGAAUUGGAUCAACGUUUGCUUUGGCAAAACUAAAUGAGAUACUUGGCAAAGGUGUUGAAAUACCCAGAAUGAGACAAGCACAGCUGGUUAACACGGUUCUGCAGGUGGAAGAGGGAUUCAUAGCCAUCUUUUCAGAUGCUCAGGUGCUGCUAACACUUGGAGGCUUCAACUGACCUGAUACAUGACCCAUGACCUCUGAUACAUCAAACAAACCUCUUCUGCAUCUCAGGAUCUUACAUUAAACCAGUAAACAUGGCAGAUUUGUGAAUCACACAAAUAAAAAGCACUUGUUUCUUUAGAAGAUAAAGUUAAAUGUACCUGCCAUGGUUUCUGGACUGUGGACAAAAACGAUCCUUAUCAUAAUCAACAUUUCACAUGUUACUAAUUUACACAUCUAUAGCUUUCAUGUCUAAUCCAUCAGGUGAUUAAACCUUCGGGUUAACUUUGCUAGUGCCUGAAGUUGUGUUCAUCCUGUCUGAUCUUUUUAAACACAAUCAUGUAUGAUUAUUAAAAAUGAAAUAUUUCGUAUGCA